AUGACCAAGAAAUACAAAUGUGCUUAUACACGUGACAAAGAAUUUAUCUAUGAAUUUCCUGAAAACCAUGAAAAUAUUUUUACCCAAGGGAUGCGAUCGAGGAUUGUGGAUUACAUUUUGAGGAGAACAGCUUUCGGCAGUGAAGAUUCAAAAGCAUAUUCAUUUGGUAUAAAGAAAAUGAUAAGCGAUGGCUACUACAUUUCAUGUUUUCCAUUACACGAGGGCCACUGGAAAAAAGACACAAAAUCAAACAUUCGGAAAGAUCUUUAUGAGAACUGGGCCCAUUGGUCACAAAUCCUCAAAUUUCAACCCCUUCACUACAUCAAAGAAUAUUUUGGUGAGAAAGUCGGACUUUACUUUGCCUGGCUUGGUUUUUACACCUCCAUGCUGAUUCCAGCCUCCCUUGUUGGUUUAAUAGUCACUAUCUAUGGCUUAGUUAUCAUGGGAGAUAACUACGUCAGCAAUGAAAUCUGUGAAAGCAAAAAUAUCACUAUGUGUCCAUUGUGUGAUCAUCGAUGUCCUUAUUGGAAACUUUCUGCUUCUUGUUCACAUGCCCGUGUCAGUACAAUUGUUGAUAAUGGAGCAACUGUCUUUUUUGCAAUCUUCAUGUCCUUGUGGGGAACAUUGUUUUUGGAGUUCUGGAAACGAAAACAGGCAAUAAUUCAGUGGAAAUGGAAUCUUCAUUCUGAAGAGGAAGAGGAACCACCUCGUCCUGAGUAUUUGGCUAAACUUGCUGACAAUAAAAAAUAUCGAAAGGAUCCAAUUACGCAUUUAAAGGAACCUUAUAUGCCCUUUUGGAGUCGACAAAUCCCGGCCAUUUGCUUUUCCUACUCAUUUAUGUUGUUCAUGGUUGCCAUAGCAAUUGCUGCUGUGCUUGGAGUUAUUGCUUUUCGUGUGUCCAUGUUGGCUGCUCUCCAAAUGCGUAAAGAGAACAUCAUCUACAAAAAUGCUGGUAUCAUGACGACAAUGUUGUCGGCCUGCAUCAACUUGGCUAUUAUAAUGGUGCUCAACAUCAUUUACCGUAAAGCAGCUUUUUGGUUGACAGAUUUGGAAUCUCUACGAACACAAACUGAAUAUGACAACAGCCUGACAUUCAAAUUGUUUGCUCUUCAAUUUGUCAAUUAUUAUUCAUCCAUUAUUUACAUUGCUUUUUUUAAAGGAAAAUUUGUUGGUCGCCCAGGAAAAUACAAUACUUUGUUUGGUGCUCGUCAGGAAGAGUGUGAACCUGGAGGUUGUCUCAUUGAACUCUGCAUCCAACUGGGUAUCAUCAUGGCAGGCAAACAAUUAUUGCAAAACAACUUAGUGGAAAUCCUCAUUCCGAAACUUUGGAAAUAUUGCAUGAAGCGGUGGAAGGUGGCUGCUCAGAAAAAGUUGCCAAAAUCCUCUUGGGAGAAAGACUUGCUGCUCACUGAAGUUGAUACAACAACUUUGUUUUAUGAAUAUCUUGAAAUGGUUCUUCAGUUUGGGUUUUUAACGUUAUUUGUGGCAGCGUUUCCGAUGGGCCCCAUUUUCUGCUUCAUCAACAACAUCAUUGAAAUCAGGGCUGACGCAAACAAAUUUGUAACAACGCUGAAACGUCCGACACCACAGAUUGCUGCCAAUAUAGGAAUAUGGCACAGUGUGUUAUAUGGCAUCUCCAGAAUUGCCAUUGUGUCGAAUGCUUUCAUCAUUUGUAUCACGUCAGAGUUUAUUCCCCGACUUGUCUAUCGCCUUGGCUACAGCCCUGAUGGUAGCCUCAGUGGUUAUGUGGAAUCCUCAUUGUCUGUCUUUAACACAAGUGACUUUGAAAAAGAACAUCGGCCAACUUUCAAUAAUGACACUGUGGAAUUCUGCAGAUAUCGAGAUUUCCGUAAUCCUCCUUGGGACGAAGACAAAUAUGCUUAUUCUGAGCAAUUUUGGCAUAUUUUAGCAGCCAGGAUGGCAUUUGUGGUUUGUUUUGAGAAUUUUGUGGUGGUUCUGACGAGUAUCAUUGCCUGGUUGAUUCCUGACAUUCCAACCAAAACCAAAGAACGAAUCCGCCAGGAGGCUUUCAUCACACAAAAAGUAAUCAUGAAGGAGGAACUAAGACGUGCUCGUGAAGACAAGACUCUCGUCAGAGAUUUGAUUUUGGUUACCAACCAAAAUAAAAAUUUCUCUCUGGAUAAUUCGGAGGACGCUAGGAAAAGAAAAUCUUACCUGCCUCCGUUGGUGAAAGAGGAGGAUGUAGAUACUUGA